AUGCUCAGAUCCGGUCUUGCUUCGUUAAUUGUCGAUGUCAAUUUGCGGCGCACGCUACGUCCGUGCGCGCCCUUUUCUUUCCCGGCGCAUCUUAGCCGUUCCUCACGCUGCAUUAUCACUUCCCGUUACUCCUCCCAUAGAGCUCUAGGGUUUCGGAUUCAGAGAUGUCACCCCCGCCUUUCCUGCUUUUCUACUUCCUCCUCUUCCUCUCCUUCGGAGAAAGGCGGACCAUCGUCGUCUCCCCGACCGGGCCUCGUGUCGGGUAUGGGUCAAGACGACGCCGUCACGGCGGAUCGGAACAGUUUCGGUGGUCAUAUUCAGCUUGAUGGCGACGACAAUUCUCCGCCGCCGCAAUCGUCUUCCAAAGUUCUUACAUUGCCCACCGUAUUAACCCUUGGUCGUGUGGCUGCAGUUCCUCUUCUCGUCGCAACCUUUUACGUUGAUAGUUGGUGGGGAACAACUGCUACAACAAGCAUUUUCGUUGCAGCAGCCAUUACAGACUGGCUCGACGGCUAUAUUGCGCGCAAGAUGAGGUUAGGUUCUGCGUUUGGUGCAUUUUUGGAUCCAGUUGCAGAUAAGCUUAUGGUUGCAGCUACAUUGAUCUUACUGUGUACAAAACCUAUCGACGUUUCUGUAUUAGGACCAGUUCCAUGGUUAUUGACGGUACCUUCUAUAGCAAUCAUUGGUAGGGAGAUUACUAUGUCAGCAGUAAGAGAAUGGGCUGCAUCUCAAAAUGGAAAGCUUUCAGAGGCCGUUGCGGUAAAUAACUUGGGAAAGUGGAAAACCGCAACGCAGAUGACAGCACUAACCAUACUUCUUGCAAGCCGAGAUAGCAAUGUUGGAUGGCUCGUAGCUUCGGGUGCUGGCUUGCUUUAUGUAUCAGCAGGACUAUCGGUUUGGUCUUUAGUCGUUUAUAUGAGGAAGAUAUGGAAAGUGCUACUAAAGUAG